AUGGCUCUACAACAAGUGCACAAUUCCAAUGACCAGGCAGAAGCAAGCGGCUACCCAACUGCUCCGCCAGCGGGGUGCUAUGUACCGGCGGUGACAUUCUUCGAUCCUGAGACGGACCGACUAUGUCUCGACGCUCAAGCAAAGUACUACUCGUACCUGGCCAGCACGGGACUCACGGGGCUUGUCAUCCUGGGGACCAACGCAGAGACGUUCCUGUUGACACGCGAGGAGCGGAUGACUCUCCUCCAGCUGGCGCGACGAUCUGUUCCAGAGGGUUAUCCUAUAAUCGCCGGCACGAGCGGCCACUCGACGGCACAGGUGCUCGAGUUCAUCACAGACGCAUACAACGCUGGUGCCAACUACGUGCUGGUUCUCCCUUGCGCGUACUUCGGCAAGCAGACCACGCCGGCGGUGGUCAAGAGAUUCUAUAAAGAGGUGGCCGCGAGCUCUCCCCUGCCCAUCCUCAUCUACAACUUCCCGGCGGUUUGCAAUGGCUGGACCUCGACGCCAACAUCAUCACGGAUAUCGCACGGGAGUCACGCAACAUUAUUUCCCGCUACACGUUUCGCAGUCUUUGGUGGACAGUCAGAUUUCCUGGUCGGGGGACUCGCUUCGGGGAGCGCAGGCUGUAUAGGAGCAUUCUGUAACGUCUUCCCCAAAGUGGUGGCCAGGAUCUACGAGUUGUGGUCCAGUGGACAGUACAGCGAGGCUCUCGCACUGCAGAAGUUGGUAGCAUCCGCCGAGACAGCCACCAAGGCAGGCAUCGCCAACACAAAAUACGCGGCUGCCAUCUUCACGGCUCCCAGGGCGGGCAUCGCGGAUGCUGUGCGUUUGCUCAAGCCCCGGAGGCCGUACGAAGAACCGACCGACACUGUCAAACGCUCAAUCCAGACGGUGAUGGAGGCUUUGAACCGAGAAGAGAAGGAGAUUUCGGUGAAACCCCAGUCUCGUCUAUGA